AUGGGUGCCCGAAUAUCUAUAAGCCAAAGGAUAAGAAUAGGCCGCGGCGUUUUCAGCAGCAGCGACCCAAAUGCUGCAACAAUUCGUGUUCUGAACGAUACUCCCUCUCCCAUCACCCUCGUAUUAUAUACGCCUGGUCAAGUGUUUACCUUGGAAAGCAAGGAAAUCGGGGCUGGGACAGCUGGAGAUAUCAUUUUUCUCAAAGCAGUCUAUGACGUUGAAGUGGUGUAUGCUGAUGAGAAGAAGAUUAUUUGGAAUGUCCAAGCCUCCGAGAACAUCAGCACCACUGCCUCCGCCAUUUUAUCAGGCGACUAUGAGGACGACAUUCCGAUCAGUAAGAAGGUGAAACUCAUAGGCAAGACCUCAUUGGUUAAAGAUUACCUGAGUGGAGGGUCACUCGAAGCAGCUGUUCAAACUUUUGGUGUUACGCCUGAUGAUCUUCUCAAGGAUGCUAUCAAGAAGAUUCCACAAGAGCAAUUUGCUCCGUUCAACUUUGAAUGUUACAUAAACGUUAACGAGACGCGUGGGAACCAAUUGUGUUCUGUGGAGGCCUAUGUGAAUCAUGACGAAUAUUCAGUAAUUGCACCAGGCAACCACCCUACUACCAACCCUCCUUAUUGCACCUUGCAUUCCGCUACAUCCGUUUGGCCCAUGAACGCCCCAGAUUACAAACGCCCCAUCUGUAUCAUGGGGUGCGAUGACGAAUUACAAGAAGCGGGUCCAGCACGACUGUUUAGUCUCGUGGGAGGCUUAGUAUCAGGAUUUGUACAUAGUUGUGAGGGAGCGACACAAAGGGCUGGUGGGAUAUUGGGAUCGCAACCUGCUUGUGCUCUUGUGGACGGGUACCUUCUCGACUUUGGGAUCAAUGGGUCGAUUCGGCUGAAGAACCCAGGAAGAGCUGGCCACAUCGCCUGGGGACUUCCUAGAUCUGGGGGUCUCCAUGUUCGCGACAUUGCUGCCAAGAGCAAUAUCUCUUCCACAAAAUUAGCUUUUUCAACGUCUCAGUCUUCAGCUAUGUUGACCUAUUCUGGUACCUUGUACACGGUAAAUCACCCCAAGCCAACUGGCCCGGUCAUGAAACCGCCCCCGGUCGUGAAACCAGCCCCAGUCGUGAAACCAGCCGUCGUGAAACCAGCCGUCGUGAAACCAGCCCAGCCCCCACCAAUUAUCACUGUCCCAGAUCAAGCGAGGAAGUCAUUGUUUGCUCUCGUCAUCGGCAUUAAUGAGUACAAAUAUGCCGAUCUUCUGAACGGGUGUAUCAAGGAUGCAACGGACGUGUGCAACUAUCUACUUCAAGACUUAAAAGUUCCCAAUUCACAUAUCCGCUUUCUGACUAACGAGAAUGCCAAGCACGCUGACAUCAUCAAGGCGUUCCUGGAAAUUCAAACUGACAAACGUAUCAAGAAGAAUGACCCAAUCUUGAUUUUCUUUGCAGGACAUGGCGACGAAACUGAUGCUCCGACUGGCUGGCCUUCUGGAAACAUAUCCAACCAGAUACAGAUGAUCAUCCCACAGGACUACUGCACCAUUCCUGCAAGGCAAGUCCAUGGAAUCCCCGACCAUACUCUCGCAGCAUUACUGAACGGAAUAGCGGAUCGACAUGGGGACAAUAUAACCGUCAUCUUCGACUGCUGCCAUUCAGGCUCCGGGACUGGAUCCCGUGGAUCGAGCACUGCACCAGGAUAUACCAGAAGCGGAUUAGCCAACCACGUCCUCUUGGCAGCAUGCACACAAAAAGAAAAAGCGGGUGACAGUCUCAAGGGUGGGCCGUUCACCCAAGCCCUCCUUCCUACUCUCAAAUCGGCGGGCGCGGAUAGACUUACGUACGCCUCUCUUCUGGAGAGAAUGGACAAGAUACCAUUCCAAAACCCCCAGUGCGAAGGGGAGAACCAAAAUCACAUCAUUUUCGACUCCAAAGCACCUACAACAGGACGUGUAUGUUUCCCUAUCAAGAUGAAGGGCUCAGCAUAUGAGAUGCAAGCCGGAUCUGCACAUGGUGUCACAGAGGGUUCUGAAUUCAGUCUAUACAACGACAGUCUCACAAUCGAUGACUCACCCUCCCUCUGUGUCUUUGUUGUUGCUUCUGCGGCUCACAUUGGCCCAUUCACCACGACGCUGACGAAACAUACAUCCAGCACUGCCAUCACCCCUCUUUCCGCAACUUCUUGCGUUUUGCAAACGAAAGCCGGGAAACUGGAGGAUCUUCUAGUGUUUGCUUCACUCGAUGAAAGACUUACCAGAUUGUAUGAGACUCUGGCGAGAAUGAUGGAAGAGUUCCAUCCUGGAAAGAGGCAAAUCCGGCCUGUCCUAGAGAAGGAAAAGGCGAGACUCGGCCUUUCGAUUGUGGACAACAGAAUAGCGUUCGACAUCCUGGACUCGCGUCUCGCAGAGUACAGCUUGACGUGUAUGCCUCAUACCGUAGCAAACGACCCGCAGGAAAUUAUUCCGGUCCUUCAUGGCGCUGCUCAUUUCUAUUGGCAUCUUAACCGCGAGGUCAAAAAUGCUCUCGUCGACACCCCCAUCGUCAUUGAAUGCAAUACCCUCAAACGCACAAGUGAUUACUCAAUUUCGGGAAAGGCAAUUUUGAAGCCGACUGGGGACAACCUCUUACAGCUUGACGGUGUCAUUGACGUCGUUGCGUCAGAGGAGACGAUGUACGGAUAUAAAAUUACUAACAACAGCGAUCGCGAUCUCUACAUCAACGCCUUUUACUUCGACAACACCGACUUUAGCAUUCAAACAUACUACCAAUCACCAACAAGCGGUAAAUUCGAAACCUACCCCACCCUCACCCAAGGUGGCGGCUCUCUCACCCUCGGCUACGGCUCUGGCGGGGUUAACCCAUUCACCUAUUGCCUAGAGGAAGGCACCAACAUUGACGUGGGGUAUUUAGUAUUCUUCAUUGCCUCAGAGAACGUCAAUCUCUCUACCAUCCCGCAGAAGACGCCGUUUGAGGGUCCGGGACGCAAGUCUGUGCAAGUGAAGCCCGCUGCGGAACCAGUUUACAGCACUUUCUUGGUGCCCAUUGUUCAGCGCCAUUAUCGGGUCCAGGGACAGUGA